AUGGGAUUAAGUAUGCCAACGUCAGCUGGAGUAAGCUCGUCAACGUCAAUGAGUAUAAGCUCGUCAACGACUAUGUUCGAACUUCUGUGUGUAGCCCUCCUCGGACUAGGACAAAUGUUCAUAAUGACUGGCUAUGAUACACAGGCAGGCAUCCUUUUUUCGUUCGUGGUUGAGUCGGUAGUUCAUGCGGUGCACAUGAGGGAACCUUCACGCAUCGACGCAUUCGCUGGCUACUACGGUCAGGCGACCUGCUAUGCGGCGUACCUGACCGCAUGUCUCUUCGCUCCAUCAGUGCUGAGAAAGCUGUCGACAAAGUGGACGCUAUUCUUUGGUUCUCUAUGCUUUACCAUCUAUCAAGUGGGCUUUUUAUACCUGAACAAGUACUACUUCUACUUCUCUUGUGCAGUGAUGGGAGUUGGAUUUGCAUGUAACUUCUCGAUGGAAUAUAUUGAUUUGGAAAUUUUUUCAGUGUAUUACACCGGCCAUGGUUCCUAUUUAACUUCACACUCGACGAGGAAGUCAAUCGAGCGGAACUCCGCCGUUUCGUGGUCGAUCGGGUGCUUAUGUAUGAUUGUUGGCAGUGGAAUUCUGGCAGUGAUUUUCUCCUUAAACAAAUAUUUGGUCCAACCUGAAGCGCCGUCGAACGAGACAGAAAUCGUUAAUGGCCACACCUAUCGCUACUUCUCAGAUUCCGAAAUUCGAAUGAUGUACGGUGCAUUCGCCGCGAUCACAUUCUUCGCGAACAUCACUUUUGCCAUGAUCCCAUGGCGAGGAAUUCCAAACUGCAUAGAGAGCCGGAUCAGUAAGACUGAGAAGACAUUUCAUACAGAGAUGGCUCUGAUUGGUGACACCUUCGUCGACAAGCGGAUGAUCACGUUGUCGCCGCUGUUCAUACAUCUCGGUCUCUACACAUCUUUCUGGAUAUCCGUCUACCCAACAUCUUUAAUUUUCACCAAGUCUCUUUCUCGCCAUAUCUAUCUGCCGGCUUCUUACAGUCUUGCCGUAGGCACUGGAGAGGUUAUAAUGGGCGCAUUUAUCAGCACGAUGUCGAAGCGUGUUACUAAUUUCGGCCUGAAGCCUACGAUGUUCAUCGCCUUCGGUUUGACGACCAUCUUGCUGUUGGUGAUUGUGCUCUCAGUGCCACCAUGGGCCACCAUUGAACUCACUAACGAUCCCACUUUUCUUAUUAAACCCAGUGUCCUUCUAUCGACGACCGUCGCUUUGUUGAUUGGUCUGACGGACUCUUGUGUGAACAACGUCAGAAACGUAAUCUGCGCGCUUGCACUGCCCGAAGCACGUGCACAGUCCUUUGCUAUCUCAAAAUUCUAUCAGGCUUCGGCUGGUGCGAUGUUAAUGUUCGUAAGUCCCUACUUAUCAAUUCUGCAUUAUGCCGUCUUAUUAUUCUUCACACUGUCGCUGGCAACGGUUUGUUUUAUUCAUGUGGCCGGUCAAACGAAGAAAAUGGAACGUGCAUCAUCGGCAGGAAAUUCCACUUUCAAGUUGAGUUUUGCGGAAGGAUCUUCGAAAUGA